UGCAGUGCUGGCCGCGGGCGGAAGUUCCUCUAUGCGCUCCGUGGCUGAGCGGACGCUGCUGCGCGUUAAAAUUAGCUGGCUGCAGUCUUUCGGGGACACCUUCUGCGGACCGCCGGAGCCCUCAGAGCAAUAAAAAUGGCAGCAGAGCUCUCCACUUCCAUAAACAUCAAGGAGCCCCGGUGGGACCAAGGGACGUUUGUAGGUCGGGCCAAACAUUUCUUCACCGUCACCGACCCCAGAAACAUUCUCCUCACCAACGAACAACUAGCACACGCACACAAAGUCGUCACUGACUACAGGAAAGGUAUCGUCUCCCCGGGACUGACGGAAGAUGAACUGUGGAAAGCGAAAUACGUCUUUGAUUCGGCUUUCCAUCCCGAUACUGGAGAGAAGAUGAUCCUGAUCGGCCGCAUGUCAGCGCAGGUUCCGAUGAACAUGACGAUCACUGGAUGCAUGAUGACCUUUUACAAGACAACUCCGGCGGUGUUGCUCUGGCAGUGGAUCAAUCAGUCUUUUAACGCCAUCGUCAACUACACCAACAGGAGCGGCGACGCUCCAAUCACAGUCAGUCAGCUCGGCACGGCUUACGUGUCUGCGACCACGGGGGCCGUGGCCACCGCUCUGGGACUAAAUGCACUAACAAAGCACAUCUCACCUCUGAUUGGACGGUUCGUUCCAUUUGCUGCCGUCGCUGCCGCUAACUGUAUCAACAUCCCUCUGAUGAGACAAAGAGAACUUCAACACGGCAUUCCCAUAACCGAUGAGAACGACAACCGGUUGGGUGAGUCGACGAACGCCGCUCAGCAGGCCAUCUCUCAGGUUGUGGUCUCCAGAAUCCUCAUGGCUUCUCCAGGAAUGGCCAUCCCCCCGUUUUUAAUGAACCACUUGGAAAAGAAGGCCUUCCUGAAGAAGUUCCCAUGGAUGAGUGCACCUAUUCAAGUCACCCUGGUGGGAUUCUGCCUGGUGUUUGCCACUCCACUGUGCUGCGCCUUGUUCCCUCAGAAGAGCUCCAUAUCGGUCAGCCGCCUGGAGCCGGAGCUGCAGGAGAAAAUUCGGGCCAACCACCCGGGAGUGGAGAGGGUCUAUUUCAACAAAGGGCUAUGAGUGCGCAGCCCACUCAUCCAAACACUGCCACAACACCGCUGCAGGCUCGGUCCUCGCCUCUCUGCCAGCCCUCCUCAUUCAGUGUGCCAAAGUUAAGUUUGCGUCUCCUGGUUUCCAUCAUUCAGGCGUUCAACCCGGGGACUCCCUCUCUUUGUAACGACACGUUUGCUCCUGUCCAUGUGAUUGUUGACUUUGUUGUAACUGCUAGAGAAGAUUUUUCCUCCCGCUGGGAUGAAAAGGUACGACGUUAAUCAAAACAGAUGCUGUAUAGGGGGCAGCGCGAGAUCGUUUUAAGUGGACAUUCUUUUCUGUACAGUUCAAAUUUUUCCGUUGCUGUCAAACCAUUUCCUACUCUACUACCUGAGGUUGGCAGUCUGCUAUUUUCUUAACAGCAUUGCAAUCUAUUAGAAUCCCAUUUUAACCUUGGUGAUACAAACGUCGGCAUUUCGUGCUUCUGCCAAAUUUCUUUCACACCUCAUCAACGAUUGCAACCUCUUACCCAUUCCUCAUUUCAAAGGCAUUCACUCAAUCAUACUUGUAUUCAGUUCCUUUUGCCAAACGAGCGACAUCCAGUGGGCCUCGAGGCCUCUUGACAUAUAAUCCUGAAUCUCAAGACAACUCCAGGGAUCCACCCUAUAAAAUGUGACAUGCUAUGAUGGUCGGCAACCAUUGAUGGGCCAACAUGGUGCUAUUUUGUCUUAAUCUGUGUUUAUCCAACUAUUUAUUCUGCUUGCCAAAUAUGCAUGAACAAAUCCCUCAUGAUUGAAUCUCCUCGGAUAAGAUGUUUCUGUAUAUUUAGUUGCUUCAAGAGAGCUGAGCGGUGGUGACGAAAUGUAAGUAAUGUUAGACGCACUUGUUCGCAUUUACCUAAUCCAUGAUAUCCCACAGCUAAUGUAGGAUUUGGCAAUCAUAGUAUUUAAUACCCCCAAAAGCGUUCAUGCCUUUAACAGACUUGUGUGGAUCUUUGUACCUUAAUGUGGCAUCCUGGGAGGUUUACUGCACAAAGUGCGUUAGAUUUAGGUGGCAGUUUAUCCAAACCUUUGGAUUGUGUUAACAUGCGUCAAAUUUAGGGGGAAAAAGGCCAAAAGCCAGAUCAAGUGUUUUUCGCGGCAUGGAUGAUCAAUCUAAACAAUACGUGCUUUAAAUGUGACUUCCCAUCAUGAACUCGACCUGCUCCGUGGACUCAUUAACCUUUGACCUCAGUCUGGUGAGAUCCCAGUUAAAAUCGGGGGAUUAUUAACAAUGCACCGGUAACGAUACAGAGGCACACGAUACCACAGACAUACAGCACACAGUCGGUGUGGUAAUUCCUGUCCUGCAGCUGUGUGGUUGCCAGUAACCAGACGUCAAUGGACCCCGUUAAAGAUGCCUGUGCUCUGCCGACCUGAAUUGAUUAGUGUGCCACAUUAACGCGAGAUUUAAGAUUCAACAUCGAAAUCAGGGACUCGAGUGAAAAAGACACAAAACCAACAAGCGGUAUUCAGCAAAUCUAAUUUUGAAAACCUAAAGAAUGAUUUUUGUAUUUCUAAGCACAGCAAACUCUUGUAAAAAUGAUUUGGUUUCAUUGCAUUUCAAUCACUCAUCACAAUGUGUAAUGUGUUUAAUGUUUAAUAUACUGAAAUCUACUUGCAUAUAUUGCUGUGAAGGUAACUUUAUUUUAGGUUGUCAUUGUGUCCAGAGACGUGUUGGAGGUGGAGAUGUUCCAAGUGAAGUUUGUUAUUUAGUGUUAAAGGUGACUGAAUGGAACAUUCUCCAAUGUCAGCUGCUUCGCUGUGUUAGUCCGGAAAAGUUCAACAAUUUCAAUACAUUUCAAAUGCUGCACAUUUUAAAAACUUGAACAUUUUCAGUUUCCUGAUCGCAAUACUCUUCUGUACAGCCGAGAAAAGAUGAUAAAUAUCAAACUUCCCCUUUGAUAGAUAAUAUUUCCAAGUAUCCGUUAACCUCCAACCGCAUCUAAUUAACUAAACUAACAAGCUUCCAUGUACCAAAUGAGAUGAAAAGUCUCCACAGCCAAAGCGAUACAAAUCGACUCGAGAGGAAGAAGUCAUUUAGUUUGCCUUCAUAGCAAUGAAUAUUGAGAAAAUAUAUCUAACAAAAACGUGGUAUUUGUCUUGCAGUUAGCUGGGGUGACUUGAUGUUUAGACUAACUGGAAGAAAUAAAGUUCAUGACAUCUGUA